GCAUUACCAAAAAGAGAGGGAAAAAAGAAACUAAAAACGUUGAAUUUGCUGUGUGAAUAAAACGGUCAGACAGAAUCGAUGCGCGUGUAAAAGUAAUAUGUUUCAAGUGUUUGUUAGUGGGUAAGUUAUGUAGGAAACGUACGUCCCCCCAACUAAAAAAACGUAGCCGAGCCGAUUCCGAUAACCCGCAACAAGCCACCAACGCACGAUAAUGCUUCCGCUCACGCGCUCUCCCACAUCCCGGCGACUACCUCUCCCUCUAUUAUUCCCUCUCUCUCCCCUACUCUUUCGGCUCAUGCGUCCGGCGCGUCAUCGCCGCACCGACCUCUCCUUUCCUAAUAUUAGCCCCCUACGCUUCCUUUCCAAUAAAUCGCCUUUCUCAAUUCCCCACCACCACCACCACCACCACCACCACCACCACCAUGGCCGAUCAAACGGAUUCCUUACCGCCGUCUGUUUCUACUAACCCUACCGCUACAGCAACUGUUGCAACCCCUCCUUCUCGUCCUUUGCCGGUUCGCGAGGACUGCUGGAGCGAGGAGGCAACGGCCACUCUAGUUGAGGCUUGGGGUCGUCGUUACGUCGAGUUGAACCGUGGGAACCUUCGUCAGAAGGAUUGGCAGGAAGUCGCCGACGCCGUCAACGCUCUCCAUGGUCACACCAAAAAGACGCACCGUACCGAUGUUCAGUGUAAGAACCGGAUCGAUACGAUUAAGAAGAAGUACAAGAUCGAGAAGGCUCGUGUUACCUCUUCUAAUGGAACCCUAACGUCUUCCUGGCCUUUUUAUGAGCGUAUGGAUUGUUUGAUCGGAUCUAAUGUUACGCAGAAGAAACCUUCUCCGUCACCUAAGUUUUCGCCUACGGCGUCGCAUCAACCGACGCCGCCUCCUCCUCCUGCUAGAUUUUCGCCUCCGGUGGCUCUACCGCUUCCUUACAAGAAGGCAGGCACGCCGACGGCGGUGGCGGCAUUGCCGCAGAAGAGAGGGGCGCCGGACGAUGGAUAUUUCAGGAGGAACUAUUCCGCCAUUGCUGCGGCCGCGGCAGCUGCGGAGAGUGACGAAGAGGAGGAGGAUGGAGAGGGAAUGGGGGAGGAUGGAGAAGGAGGGAGUGAGGGAGAGGAGGGGGGACUGAGGAGGUUAGCGAGAGCGAUAGAGAGGUUCGGUGAGGUGUACGAGAGGGUUGAGGGAGAAAAGUUGAGGCAGAUGGUGGAUUUGGAGAAGCAGAGGAUGCAAUUUGCCAAGGAUUUAGAGGUUCAGAGGAUGAGGAUGUUCAUGGAUACCCAGGUUCAAUUGGAGAGGAUCAAGCGCGGCAAGCGCUCUGGUUCCAGUGAUAUGGAUAAUUGACAGUUUUUUAGGUAUUUGAUGUAGGCUACAUCCAUUGAGAAGCCUUGUUGCUUACUAAGACAUUUAUAGCUAGCUGGCGUCAGUGGUAGGUUGGAAAGAAUUACUGUGGGCUAAAAUCAUGGAGAAUCUUGAUUUUUAUACUUACCCUACAAGUAUAUAGAGUUCUAGCUGAUACUUGCGAAAGAAAUUUAGCAGAGUUGGGAAAUGGAGUUCUUAAGAAAUACUUUUCUACCUGCAAUUUGUGUUUCAGCCAAAACUUAUUAUAACUUAAUUUGGCUAGUUGCUCGUUGCCAGAGUGUGGCCUUUGUGUCUUGAGUUUAGUUGGUAAAGAUCUGUAAGUUGGACAUUGUAGUUUGUAACUUUGAUUUUUUCUUGCAAUGUACAAGAUUAGGACUAUUGACAGAUUAGAGAAUAUUGUUCCGAGUCUUGUGAUUUAUCUUUUGUAUGUUUGGAAGUUGUGAUGCAAGUCUCUCAAGGUUGAGAAA